AUCCAUCUCACCCAUGACGCCCAACGCCUCUACUGGCCUGUCGAGGGAUCUUGGGAAACCGCAAUCCGCGUCAUGCAACAUGUCCAUUACGAUCCUAGCGUCCCCCUCGGACCCUAUCUGCAUCAAGAGACGGCGAUUUUGCAAUCUCCCCUCACAGAACCCAAGAUCUCAUCCGUGACGGUGCGCGUCCAGCAACUUGAGUGCUGGGAAGACGAGUGGAUGGAGGUGCAUGGCGAGCACGACGACCCUGGAGAAGAUGGAAUCGGCGAGUGCGGCAAUGCUGUGUUUGGCCCACUCGACGAUUACGACCCCGAUUCUGACGGUGAGGGUUUGUCCAAAUUCGUGCAUCUACUCCGGUGCUGCGGCGCAGAUCGCCCACGCAAGAAAAAAGCUUCUCUGGUCGUAAAAGCCUCUGGCGAAUACCUCACCAUUCACGACUAUGUUGUAGCGGUCCAUCCCUGGCUGCUCCGUCUGCGUGAUGACAUUCUGGCGGCAUCAGGAGAUCUUCUGGACAGUAAGCCGUUACCUGCGGACACAAAGUUGGUCGUCUGGUACGGGCUAGCGGAGGUUGACGUUUUGGAGGAUAAAGAGUGGCGCACGAUGAAGGCAAAGUGGCCGCUU